AUGGUCGGAGAGUCAGUGCCGUGCGGAAGUACACAUGUCAAUAUAUCACAGAUCGCCGCACAUGUGGCUUGGUACACGGCUGAGCACGAUGAAACUGUUUUAUGGCCGGGGUUCGGACAACAAGCAGCACUGGGCGGACUCAUGAACACCACCACCAACAGCUUAGGUGUGUCCGAGCCCGUGCCGUUCACCACCUCAAUGUACGCGGAACUCAAGUCGCCAGAAAACAGGCUUUGUUACGGGCUCGUGAGUGCCGACAAGGUCGACCUAUCGUUGUUCCGUGAUGCUGGCGGCAAGAUGAGCACUUGGCAGGGUAUGGCCGAUGGCAACAUUCCAACAUCUGAAUCGCAGAAUUACUAUCUGGCCGUCGAGGAUUACGACCCGGCAGUACGAGACUAUUUUCGGUAUUUCCAGCCUCCGGGCAUUGGUCAUUGCCUCGAUGGUCCUGGAUUCUUUCCAGGACAAGCGUUCGAGAGCCUGGUUGAUUAG